ACAACAAAUGAUGAAGUGGGGAGGAAGAAAAACUUCUUCAGCUUCUUCUUCUUCUGGGACUUCUUCUUGUACCUCUCAUGCAUCUCUUUUUUCUUGGUUGUCCAAGUUCAAGCAUAUGAGAAUCAAUUCACAGCCAAAUCCUGAAAAUAUUAAGCAGAAGGCAAAGCAGAAUUCUGCUUCUGUUGGUUCACCACAGCAUUCUUGUGAGACUAGAGACAGAUUCUAUGGAGGGGAUGAUGGUGCCUUCUGCAGAGUAUCGUUUGAUGAAGAGGGUCUUGAAGAUAAGAAAAGUAAAGAUAUUGAUGAGAAUGUCAUUCCAUCCUCAAGUUUCCAUGGUGGUAAAAUGAAUGCUAAGAAACAUGGAAGAAGAGAAGGCACCCUCAAGUUAAAGGAGAAGGAUGUUGGUUUAGGAGAAGAAAGAAAAUUGCUGAAUGAUAGGAAGGUUUCAAUGGAGAUGGAUGAGUACAAUCGAGAAAAGGAAUAUGAAGACUUAAGGAGGAGAUUUGAGAGGAAAGCACAAAAGGUUUUGCAAGAGCAACUCUUGAAAUUAGAAAGAGAAGCAGAGGAAGUUGAAUUUGAAUCAAGUAAAACAGUGGAAAAAGAUAUGCUGCAAUUUGAAUUACCUAGAACAAUUUGCACACCAAGAGCACAUUUUUUUGCCUCUUCUUCAGAUUCAAAGAAUUCUAGCCUUGGAAAUAUUAUAGAAGACGGUGUGUUAAGUACACAGAGCUUUGAGAAAACUGAAAGGGCAUCUCAUAAGAAAUUGAGUUCUGAUAGGCAAAAUUUGAUACAAACUGAGGAGUUGAAGAUAAAGACUAACAAACAGAGGCAACCACUUCAGAGGAGGAAAUCAAAGCACAGCUCCAAGGUCAGAAUACAUUCUCCAAAGAUGGUUUCCAAAGUUGAAAUAUGCAAAAUAAAGGCUCUAGAAGACAUGAGGAAAGCAAAACUAAAGAUGAAGAAAGAAAGGUUGGAAAUUUUGGAAGAAAAACCAGGAUUAGAUAGCUUUGCUGUGAUUAAAUGUUCAUUAGAUCCGAAGCAAGAUUUCAGAGAUUCAAUGAUUGAGAUGAUCAUAGAAAAACAGAUUAGCCAGCCUGAAGAAAUGGAAGAGCUAUUAGCAUGUUAUCUGACAUUGAAUGCUGAUGAAUAUCAUGAUCUCAUCAUCAAAGUAUUCCGGCAGGUAUGGUUUGACAUGAGCCAACAUGGUUUGGGUAUUAAAUCAGACAUGCAAUGUUGUUACUAUGAAUAACAACCUCUCACUAGUUGCUAGGCUUGACUUGAAAUGUAAAUAGUUCUACAAACAAUUGUUGUUCUUUGCUUUAAUUUUAA